AUGAGCAACGACGAGAAGUACGUCUUCUACGGAGGAUCAUUGGAAGAACCGAUCGACGCUGGCUGUCGAUCGCUCGGUGAAUUGAUCAUCAAACGUUUGAAGGAGAACGGAGAUGGAGUAACAUUCAUCGAUGGCGUGACAGACGAAAAGUUCACGUUCGCCGAUGUACUGGAACGGUCCGUUCGGCUGGCAAACCGGUUCCACCGGCUGGGCAUCAAGAAAGAUACGGUGGUGGCUGUUAUGUGCGAGAACCGUAUCGAGAUGCCGAUCGUGACGUUUGCGGCGACGUAUAUGCGAGCGAUACCGCUACUGCUCAACCCCGGGUACACCGCUACGGAGUUGGCGCAUGUGCUGAAGCAGACUCAACCGCGUGCCAUCUUCGCGUCGCCCCUGGCUAUGGCCACCCUGCAACCGCUGCUCAGGACGGUACCGUCCAUAAAAUUAACCGUGCUGUUCGGCGACAAGAAACCGCACCCGAAGGUGACGCUGUUCCGGGAACUGUUCGAUCGGAAUCGGGCUCAGUACAUUAGCUUCACACCGCAGCCAGCGCAGCUUGAGGAACAGGUGGGCUUGAUGAUACUAUCCUCCGGCACUACCGGUCUUCCAAAGGCAGUCCAGCUAACGCAAUACAACAUCAUGUGUGUGCUGGGGUACAUGCGUGAAAACUCCAACGCCAUACCGUUCGAACAGAUCGGACUGGGACUGCUACCCUUUUUCCACGUGUACGGCUACAUGAUACUGAUGCACUCGCUCAUCAACCGGAGACUAUUGGUAUCGUUGCCCCGGUUCGAACCGACGCUUUUCCUGUCCACGAUACAGAAGUACCGGGUGACGAUCGCAUCCCUUGCCCCACCGCUGAUGGUAUUCCUCGCAAAGCACCCGCUGGUCGACAAGUACGAUCUGAGUUCGCUCGUGUUUCUCGGCUGCGGUGCAGCCCCGCUCAGCAAAGAGCUCGAGCUGGCCGUCAUGAAGCGUUUGCCGAACCUGCUGAUGAUUCUGGUCGGGUAUGGGCUGAGCGAAACUUCGCUCGGCGUAACAACGCGAGCCUCUGACGUGCACGGUAGUGUCGGCAAGGUAAACAAGCUGAGCUGGCUGAAAGUGGUAGACGUGAAGACGGGUCGUACGCUCGGUCCACACGAGACGGGUGAAAUCUGCGUCAAGGGUCCGCUGGUGAUGAAGGGAUACCUGAACAAUGAGCGUGAAACGCGCGCUAUGAUUGAUCGUGACGGUUGGCUGCACACCGGCGACACCGGCUAUUUCGACGAGGACGAAAACUUCUACAUCGUCGAUCGCAUAAAGGAUCUAAUCAAGUACAAGGGAUUCCAGGUGCCACCGGCCGAGGUGGAAGCGGUAUUGCUGACGCACCCGAGCAUCAAAGACUGUGCCGUGGUGGGACGACCGGAUAUGUCCGCCGGGCAGCUUCCAGCAGCGUUUGUGGUGCUACAGCCGGGCGCUAACCUUACCGAAACCGAGGUGGUACAGUACGUCGCCGAACGAUUGUCCAAGCAGAAGCAGCUACACGGCGGCGUUCGUUUCGUGCACGAAAUACCCAAAACGGCCAGUGGGAAAAUUUUACGCCGCGAGCUGGUUGCACUAUUCCCGAAGGCGAAGCUCUAA